AGGAGUUUGCAGUGCCGGUGUGAGAAAGUGUUACUCAUUUCUGUGCUGGUGGAUGGAGAGUUCGGUUGCUGUGCGGGCAAAAAGAAAACAAAGUGUCGGAAUUAACUGAAGAAACUGUGCGUACUGGCUGACAUUCAGCACGUAUCUCAAACACUCGACAGGCUUAAUUUAUUAGAAGAUUUGAAUGGACAAGGUGACCAAAAAUACAUAGGACAGAGUCAGAUAAGCAGAACGUCCACUCAUUCCAUAAUGCCAGUGAAAAAGAAGAGAAAGUCUUCAGGUCCUGAUGAUUCUGGUCUAAGAAAAUGCAAAAUAACUAGCUUUUGCAGAUCACAGGGCCCGGGUAGACUGAUCAACAUGGAAGACCACUUUUCAAGCAAGAAGUGCCUGUCCUGGUUUUAUGAAUAUGCAGGUCCAGAUGAAAUUGUAGGUCCAGAAGGCAUGGAAAAAUUUUGUGAAGACAUUGGUGUGGAGCCUGAAAAUAUUAUCAUGCUGGUUUUAGCCUGGAAACUAGAAGCGCCAAAUAUGGGAUUUUUCACCAAGGAAGAAUGGCUAAAGGGAAUGACCUUGCUACAAUGUGACUGUACAGAAAGGUUGCAGAAUAAGCUUGAUUAUUUGAGAUCCCAACUCAACGAUAGUACGGCUUUCAAGAAUAUUUACAGAUAUGCCUUUGACUUUGCUAGGGACAAAGACCAGCGCAGCCUUGACAUCGACACUGCCAAGUCUAUGCUAGCUCUGCUACUAGGAAGAACCUGGCCUCUCUUCCCAGUGUUUCUUCAGUUUUUGGAGCAAUCAAAAUACAAAGUAAUGAACAAGGAUCAGUGGUACAAUGUCUUAGAGUUCAGCAGGACGGUCCAUCCAGAUCUCAGUAACUACGAUGAAGAUGGAGCAUGGCCAGUUCUUCUAGACGAGUUUGUGGAGUGGCAAAAAGCUCGACUGGCAUCAUAGCAGGUGCAGAGCACAUGUGGAUGUUUUCUGUCGGUUCAGAAGGCACACCUCCAAGGACAGUGGAAAAGCCACCAGCCCCGGAUUUAUCGCUCUGAAGAGACUUUUACAGUGUUAAUUGCUUCAAAAGGGGGGAGCCUUUGUGUUUCACGUCUGUCAAGACCGCGCAGACCCAGUGCUGAGCCAUCAGCGGGGAUUUUCUUUUUCCUUUUUCUCGAGUCUUACCUUGUUUAUAGUAUAUGUUUUCAGAACAGGAAUAAAGAAUGGAAUUGUA